CAAGUGGAGAUGUAUUUCCUUCUUUUAAUCAAACAGUUAAGCAAUGCGAACUGGAUGAGUGUUUGGAAGAAUUUAUUGUGCUCACGUGUUUUCAAAAUAUUGAAGUAUUUGAUGAACUUAUGAUAAAUACCAUCAAUGAAGAUAAGUAUUUUGCGAUGGCGAUGUACCGGGAUGUUAGAUCCUUCAUCGCAGUCAAGAAAAGAAAUUUUGAUGAUAAAAUUAAAGAACUUACUAAAAAAUUACAACCAAAGGAAAAGGAAGAUAAACAAAGAGUUCACUUUGCUUGGGGAAAAAACUUGUGA